AUGUCCGCCACCACCCCUUCUACCCAACUCAAAGCCGACAUCAAAAAGGCCUACGAUGCCAUCGCGCCAAAAUACCUAACCUGGACUGAAUCAACCCACAAAGUCCGCCUCUCAUAUCUGAACACUUUACUCCAAAACGUCAAUUCCACCGCAGCCGCAGCCCCAUCUUCCCAACCCCACAAACACAUCCUCGAAUUAGGCUGUGGCGCCGGCGUCCCGGUAACCCAGCACCUCAGCACGCUCCCAAACACAAGCGUAACCGCAAACGACAUCUCCGAAACGCAGAUUGCGCUCGCAAGAGAGCGCCUCCCCGAAUCUGUCACCCUGAUCCAGGGCGAUAUGAUGGAAUUGAGCUUUGAAAAUGGCUCGUUCGAUGCCGUGCUGGCUAUGUAUUCGAUCUUCCAUCUCCCGCGCGACGAGCAAGUUACCAUGUUAACGCGGAUUCAUGGGUGGUUGAAGGACGGGGGCUGGUUGUUGGCCAAUUUUUCGGGGAGCGAGUUUGAAGUUUCGUCUGAUGAGAAGUGGUUGGGUGGGGAGGAGGGGGUUGUGCAUUGGAGUGGGUGGGGGGUUGAAGGGACGAGGAAGGUUUUGACGGACGUUGGGUUUGGGAUUGAGGUUGAUGAGGUUAAGGAGGAUGAGGAAGGGGAGGAGGAUGGGAGUGUGAAGAAGGUUGAUUUUUAUUGGGUUUUGGCUAAGAAGUGA